AUGGAAGAUAAAUCUAACAAUACAGACUGUGACUACUUGACUUGUGGCAGGUGUUUGCGAGAGUUUCCACUGCAGAAUAUAACCAACUUCAUUCAUCACAAGAAAAAUGAUUGUGACCCUGACAAUGAUGACCAGAAUAAAAACACUGAUACUCUUGGUCGACAACUGUAUUGUUCCUCUUGUACAAAGGCCUUCUUAUCUGCUUGGGACAUGUUGCAGCAUGCACAGUUUACACAUAAUUUUAAGAUCUUCUUUGAUGCUAACCGACAGGCUCGUCUGGAGACAGGUACAAUACCAGCCACUACAUCUACAUCUGCAGAAGACCAAAACUCGUUUGUUAAAGAGACUCCUAAAGUUACCCCUACAAUUGAACCUACCCUGUUUCCGUUGAAGCAAGAAGUUUCAGAACCAACUAGUCCUUUGAGUUCCACUGAUAAACAAGAGCCUGCCACAGUUACAGCUCAGGAGAUGCAGUGCUGCAGUUCUGUUGUCCCCAAAAAGCGUAAACAGCACAUGGAAGUAUCACAUGCAUCUACAGAUGGAAGUCUGCGUGACCGAAUAAUCCGGCGAAAUGAAGCAGGCCUGAGAAUUGGUCGGAAAAGGUCGUUUAGUGGAAGCCAGUACUAUUUAAAUCGGAGCCCACACACUUUCGGAAAAUAUUCGCAGAUGCGAAGUUCAAUUGGACAGAAUCGACUGCAAUAUGGACAAAGCCGGAUCCACUCUUCUUCAGCAACCAGAAAAUAUCCAAGCACCAUCUACAUUGAUGUUGAACAUGAAAACCAGGUUCCUGAUUCCUUAAAUGGCAAUCAGGAAAAUGGUAAGCUCCCUUACCACCAAGAGAUUUACUUAGAUGAGAAUCAAGUCAAAGAAGAUGACAGGGAAGAACUUGAAAGUCAGAAUAUCAUUGGCAACAGUGGUUCUUUUAUUCUUCAGCCUGGCACUGUGUUUUCCAUUCCAUUCUCCUACCCUGUCCUCAGUGAAACAACUUCUGCUUCUAGUGCCUCUAACCCUGCUGUCUACACUACCUGUUCUACUAGUACAUAUCCCUCAGACCAAUGCAAAUCAUCAUCAUCAUCGUCGUCAUCAAGUGAGGGGAAUGCAACCACAUCUCAAAUACAGGGGUCAAACAUUGAAGAGUUGAGCCCAUCCUCUAACAACACAAAAUCAUUUGUGACCUCUCAGCUGAUUGAAAAUUCCUCAAUUUCAAAUAGCCAGAUACCUCGAUCGGACACUGUGCUCAAUCAGGGGCCACUCUCCCUGAAUCGUUUAAGCUCGGGCCUUACAAGAUCAGCCAAGAUGGGCAGCAGCAGUUUGCAACGGUCAAAGGAGAACCAGUUGAGCUUAGAGCAGCAGGCCCGUAAGCGCAAAUAUCCCACAUCGCGGCCUUUUAAAUGUGACCAAUGUGACCAUGCCUUUAAUCAAAGAAUUCAUCUCAAGAAACAUCUCAGUAAGCACACAGGUGUAAAGCCAUUUAAGUGUGGUCAGUGUGAUUAUUCUACUGUUGAACGUAGCCACCUUAAGGUCCAUAUUCGGAUUCACACAGGUGAAAAACCUUUCAAGUGCACAUUUUGUGAGUAUGCCACAGCCCAGAACAGUACGCUCAAGAUUCAUUUGAAACGCCACCAUGGAGACAUAAAAUUGAAAUCUAAAUUAUCUUCUAUUUUUCCUGUGAAUAUUCCUCUCUCUCACUUUCUCUCCUAUUCUUCAAUUGUUCUUUUUUAUCAUUCCUUCCAUAUUUCUUCUCUUGAAUUUUCUCUCUGCCUUCUCUUCUAUUACUCUUUCAAAUCCCUUUUCUUUUUCUUUCUAUUUUGUAUCUCUCUCUCUACAGCAUCUUCUUAUCUAUGCUUUAUUUCCAUUUUUUUUCUUGCUUUCAAUACAUAUUUUUCCAUUGCUCCCAUUUUUUUUGUCUUGUUUUUAUUAAUACUAUUUUGUCCACUACUUUUUUUCUUAUCUUGCCAUAUUUAA